GGUUCACUAUCCCUAACACAAACGUCAAACACACCAACUUUGUUUUCUCUGCCCUUAUCUACCUAUUUUCAUUCAUUCCUAUAAAUUCUUCUCUACCCACAAACCAAACCCUCUUCACCAAUUCCAUCAUUUGGUCUAUGUAAUUGGACCACACCAGUACUCUAGCUAUUGCUUAAUUUUCUCCUAUACGCAUGAAACAGACACACUUCACUCUGCCACAUGUGGCAGACAUCACAUGCAUGGACCCCAACCGUCCCCCGCUCGUGCCGGAGAAGCUCUCCAAAACGGUGCGUUUCCUCGGUUUCUUCAUACAAAACGACGUCAUGAAGCGGGGGAAGAACAUAGGGAAGGCGCUCAACGACGUCGUCGUCCGCCACCACCAGGCCCUCACAUGCCGCCCACGUGACGCUCACGUCUCCUUCGUGUCGCCGCUGGAGUAUCAGUUCAGCUGCAGCGGGAGUCCGCCGCGCCUCUCGCAUGCCAGUCGGAGGAAGCUCUCUCCUCCCUCUUCAAGCCGCUCGCCGGCUCAUCGCGCUGUGAGGAUGUGCCGUGGCGGUGGUGACGGCAUCAUAGAGAGGCGCGUGAAGAUCGCGGGCUCCGCCGCUUCCAUGUUGAACGACGUCGUGGAGAAGGACUUCCACGUGGACGAGGCCGCGGAGGAGUUCAUAGCGAGGUUCUACAGAGAGUUGAGGUUGCAGAAAUGGUUGGAUCACUAUUGCUGACGUGUAUAGAAUAAUGUGUGGUUAAAACUGUAGUUAAUUAAUUAGUCUUUCAUGUAUGUUACUUACUGUUAAUUACUGCAAUGGAUUGUGUUCUUACCAACUCCUAUGUUACCAAAAAAUCAAAAACUGUUGCUACCUUCUUCUACUUAUUAUUUCCGUUAAUUAAGAAGGGUUGUUCUUGGUCUGCAUCCAUCAGGUUUUGUAAAACCUAAAGUUAACAGUCAAAUAUAUGUGUUUA